AUGGCCGAUGCUUCCUUCUCGCCGGAGAAGCUCGGCCGGAGCAUCGAGGAGUUCAAGAGUUGUGGAGGCACAUCUGUGCGAGCAUCGGCUCCAGCACAAGUGCUCCUGAAGCGUGCGAUCUUCCAGAUGAAUCUGUGGAGCUGGCGCGACAAGCUGAGGGAGGAGCGCAAGGAGCUGAAACGGGCGACCGAGCAGAUGCUGCACAUGGAGAGAGUGGACCAAGAACAUACCAAGCAGUUUCCAGGCAAGUCACAAGACGAGAGCGGUAUGAAUGUGUGGAACUUUGAAGAUGAUGGGGAUGACUUUUGA